CCAUGGCAUCCCGUCUCCUGGACGUAGGAAACUCAUUUGGUGACUCAGCUAAUUCUUUAAUUAGCAGAUGCUCAUCAGUGGAAGAUGAAGAUGAUGAUGUUGUAUUUGUUGAAUCUGUACAACCUCCCUCAAUUUCUGCUGCAGCAGUAGCUGAUGAAAGAGACUUUAUAUUUACAUCAUCCAAAAAUGAGAAUCCACAAGAAAAUUAUUCCAUCAAUGUUCCUUCCUCAAGAAAUUUUGCCUCUGUAAAGGGAAAUAUUUGUGAGACAAUUGUUAUUGAUGAUGAAGAGGACUUACUAGAAACAGCUGGAGGGAAAGAGAAGCAGUCUUGCAAUUUUAUUGAGUGGGGUAUUCCUGGAGCUAAAAACAGAACCCAAGAUUCGGAUUUCUCCUCUUCCAGACUUUCAAGAAGUAAGAACACCAACUUGGGCGAUGUCUCUGACGGACUGCAGUCAAGUCAUUUCGGUGUUAAUAUACAAACAUUCACCCCGGCUUUAACUUCACAGACCAAGACUGGAGUAGGACCUUUUAAUCCUGGUAGAGUGAAUGUGGCAGGAGAUGUGUUUCAGAAGGGGGAGUCUGCCUCUCACCAUAACCCUGAUUCAUGGAUCUCCCAAUCAGCCUCAUUUCCAUGUAAUCAGAAACAGCCAGGGCUGGAUUCUUUAUCACCAUUGGCCUUACUUCCUAAGCAGAAUUUCCUGCCGUCAGCCCAACAACUUAACACACCAGCUAAAAUUAUCUGUGCAAACUGCAAAAUUGCUUUGCAGAAGGGACAGACAGCUUACCAACGAAAAGGAUCAGCGCACCUCUUUUGCUCUACCACCUGCCUUUCAUCCUUCUCUCACAAACCAUGUCGAAAGACACGAAAAGUUAUGUGUAAAAAAAAUGGACCUACGACGAACGCUGCUAUUGUUAUUCCCGUGGAAUCAAGCCAAUGCUUUGGAGAAUUUUCUGGUCCAUCCUCUUCGUCCCCCUAUGAAGAUGGCCAAGAUCCCAGAAAAGGAGCUUUUAAUAAGUCCAGAUGUACAAUCUGUAGUAAAUUAACAGAGAUUCGCCAUGAAGUCAGCGUUAAUAAUAUAACGCAUAAGCUGUGCAGCAAUGAUUGUUUUAAUAAGUACAGACUGGCCAAUGGUCUCCUGAUGAACUGCUGUGAGCAGUGUGGAGAGUAUUUGCCCAGGAAAGCUUCUGGAACCAGCAUCCUAAGUAUCCGAGAUCAGCAGAAAAGAUUUUGCAGCCAAAGUUGUGUUAACGAAUACCAACAGAUGAUGGAAACAAAACUGAAACUGUUCUCAGCAUCAGAAAACAGAAAAAGGAAUGCUGUUAGAGAUGAAGAAGAAGAGGGAAAUUCAUAUGGAUCUUCAAAUAUGCUUAUGGUAGAAUCAGAGGAAAUCAAAGCAGAGAAAAGGGAAAAGACUUGUGAGCCACAGGCCUCCGUGGCGAGCAGCACAGGCCCGUUCCUGAUCACGCCCAAUGUGACUCCAUCCUCCCUGUUAACCAACUUGGAUAGAAUUCAGGAGCAGCUGCAAGAGGAAAGGCUGGAAGACUCGGUCACAGCAGGCUUGCUUUGUGCAGACCCGGGUACGUGGCCUAGAGUUUUAAGUGUUAAACAACGAGAUACUCUUGUUGAAAAUGAUCCGCCUCAAGUAAGAAAUUUUAACUUUCCAAAAGAUAAUACAGGGAGGAGGUUUUCAGAAAAUUACUAUACACGAAUUCUUCCAAAUGGCGAGAGAACCACUAGAUCCUGGUUACUCUAUUCAACCUCAAAGGAUUCUGUGUUUUGUCUACAUUGCAAACUCUUUGGGGAAGGAAAAAAUAGGCUGAGAAAUGAACAUGGAUGCAAGGACUGGCAGCAUUUAUCACAUAUUCUGAGCAAACAUGAAGAGAGCGAGGUGCACAUCAAUAAUAGUGUGAAGUAUUCACAGUUAAAAUCUGACUUGAAAAAAGGUAAGCCUGUUGCAGCUCGGGAACCCAGCUUAUGCGGAGAUGAAACAGAUGACAGUGUGCUGCUGGUGUAUAUGUAAACAUACUUGAUUUCUGAUGACAAACAUGGAGAAAAAGAUUGUAUGAUGACAGUAAAUAUCGCGAGCUAUUCAGAAAGACUUGGAACAUUUCAAUAACAGUACACUUAAAAGCGAGUCCUUAGUAAAGACUAUUCCAGAUCACUGGUCAAUAUUGCAGAAUGUACCAAAGGCAGCUUUUCUCUGUCACUUCAUGCCUUUUAAUUUUGAGGAAAAAAAAGAAAAAAA